AUACCGACAAUGUGUCGUGUGAUGAACCUGUGAACCGGCGUUGCUGUUGGCGUAUUUUAUACGUUUUGGACUUUUGUGUUUUUCUUUGUUCAUUUCAUUUUACACAAAUGAAAUAAUUGACUUCCAACAGUGUGAGUUUCAUUAGUAUUUUGUUUUCCGUAGUGUAGUUCACAAUAAAGGAACAAUGUUAAAAAACGAGAUAAAUAUGGAGAAUGGCGGCGGCGACGCUAAUAAUUCCAAUGUGUCACCAACCAAACUCAUGGUCAACUAUAUUCCCGAGCUGAUGACACGGGACAUGAUGUACGCGCUCUUCUCCGCGAUGGGGAAGAUCGAGAGUUGCAAGCUGAUAGCGAACAGAGGGUACGGGUUCGUGGAAUACGAGAAACACGAGGACGCGGAGAAGGCCCGGACGGCGUUCAACGGCCUCCUCAUGCAGGGCAAGACCCUCAAGGUGUCCUUCGCGCUCCUCAACCCCGAGAACAAGAUCAGCCACAAGCCCAACAUCGACUCGAAUCUCUACAUAAGCAAUCUACCUCCAGACAUGACUAUCGACAGACUGAACGCUCUUUUUAACCAGUUCGGAAACAUCACGAACAGCAGAGUAUCACAGGGAAUCGGCUUCGUCUGCUACGAGAACCGCCAGCAAGCCGAGGAGGCGAUAAAUCGGAUGAACGGGCAGACGCCCAUCCCCGGCUCCGGUGCUAUAGUCGUUAAGUUCGCUAACAAACCUAGUGCUAACAAGAACGCUCCGAGACCCAUCCAGAGGGUCGGCAUGGGCCCGACGCCGCUGCCGUACAACGGCGCGGCGGUGUUUAACGGCGCGACGCCCGCCUUCAACGGGACGAACUUGAGCGCGGCUUUCGGCGCCCGGCCGGCUUUCGCGUCGGGUUUCCCCCAGGCCUCGCCGCCGCCGCUACUGCCGUCUCCCGGUAAGGCCUUGCCAUUCAUCAACAAGGGUCAGCAGCGAUUCAAUCCCAUGGCGGCGACUAACCAUACCCCAUUACCGUUGCUAGGCGCGCCCGCGAGCCCCGUGCCCCUGUUGGGCGCGGCCGCCCCGCACCAGACCACUGUGUAUGUGUACAACAUCGGCGAAGACACCGAGGAGUUGGCCCUGUGGCAACUCUUCGGCCCCUACGGUGCUAUCGAUUCCAUAAAAGUUAUUAAGGAUCCGGAGACAAAGAAAAACAAAGGUUUCGCUUUCGUCAACAUGAGAGAGUACGACGAGGCGGCGCUGGCCAUCCAGGCCCUAAACGGUUACACGCUCAAUGGACAGGUUCUGUUGGUUAGUUUUAAGACGCAAAAGAGAAAUAAUUAGUUUGAAAGGACGUUGUAAACGCCAACACUUGUGAUCAUUCAGGGGCCGAAAGCUUAAAGAUUUCAUUCCAAUCUCUAAAAUAUUUUUGUAGUGAAACGCGAGACGCGAGAUCCUCUAUGUGCAUUUCAGAUUAGUCACAUAAGUAUUUUUGUAAGUUUAGACUAGUUUUGUACUGGCGAGAGCACGACAUGACUAUCUGUGGUUGGCUUAGCUGUAUCCUAUAUGUGUACUUUAUUGUAUAUGGUAUUUUAUCGCUGGACUAUAUUGUAUGUUUUAUUAUGGUACUAUGUAUGCACCGGGAUAUGUAUAUGUGCCCGGGUGGGGCGGGCGUCCGCUUCUCCCCGCUCCGCCUCUACCCUCCAGGUAUUUUAUUUUGUGUAAACAGAUCACUGUAUGUUUUUUAAUCUUUAAUAAAUUUCAUGUUUAAAUAGA